AAUGGCUUAAGAUUCUUGCAAGCAACUCCAACAUCCACCCCUUCUUAAAACAGUAACACAUAAUAACUCUCUAUUUUCUUCGAUGAUGUUCGAUCCCAUUCUUCAUUUCCCUUGAAACUUCAUCCCUUAAUUGACCUACUUCACAACAAUCAUCACUCACUAGUAGCCAUGGCCUUGCUGAAUCCAUCUCUUCCCCACACCCAAACCUUUCUUCCUCUCCGUGUUUCUGCUACACCAUCCAAGCAAACUUCACUACUACUAUGGACUACUCUCUCUUCCUAUCCAUUCAAACCAUUAUCAAGGAGGAUGAAGCAUGCAAGGUGUGAAGCUGUGGCAGACAUCAAAGCUGAUCCCUUGGUUGAAGGGGAAGGUGAAGAAGAAGAAGAUCACAAGGUUCUUAUGGGGCCUUCUUCAGAGGAAGAGAGAAGGGGUGAGAGGGUUGUUGCUGACUAUGAUUGGACUCAAGAGUGGUACCCUUUGUACCUCACCAACAAUGUCCCUGAUGAUGCACCUCUUGGUCUCAGUGUCUUUGACAAGCAGCUCGUCUUGUUCAAGGACCCCAAUGGCGUCUUCCACUGUUUCGAAGAUCGUUGUCCACACAGGUUAGCAAAACUAUCUGAAGGUCAGUUGAUUGAUGGAAAGCUUGAGUGUCUAUACCAUGGAUGGCAGUUCGAAGGCGACGGAAAAUGUGUUAAGAUACCUCAGCUUCCAGCUGAUGCCAAAAUCCCAAGAUCAGCUUGUCUUAAAUCAUAUGAGGUGAAAGAAUCCCAAGGAGUUGUUUGGGUAUGGAUGUCACCGAAGACACCUCCAAAUGUCAAUAAGUUACCUUGGUUUGAGAACUUUGCUAGACCAGGGUUUCAAGAUGUUUCAACAAUUCAUGAACUCCCAUAUGAUCAUUCUAUUCUCUUGGAAAACCUGAUGGAUCCUGCUCACAUUCCAAUCUCGCAUGACAGAACAGACUGGACUGCGAAAAGAGAGGACGCACAGCCACUGCGUUUUGAGGUAACCGAGCGAACUGAUAGAGGGUUUGCUGGUUGGUGGGGAAAAGAGCAAGAGGGCUCACUGCCGAACUUCUUACGGUUCGAGGCUCCUUGUGUGCUCCAAAACAACAGGGAAAUAGUUGACAAAGAUGGUCAGAAACACUACUUCACUGGCUUAUUCCUCUGUAGACCAACAGGGCAAGGGAAAUCCAUGCUGAUUGUGAGAUUUGGAGGAACAAAAAGAUCCCCAUUAGCGAAAUUGUUCCCUAAAUGGUACUUCCAUCAGAACGCUUGCAAGGUGUUUGAGCAGGACAUGGGAUUCCUAUCAUCCCAAAAUGAAGUUCUAUUGAAAGAGAAAGUUCCAACAAAGGAACUAUAUCUGAACCUAAAAUCAUCAGACACUUGGGUAGCCGAAUACCGGAAGUGGAUGGACAAAGUAGGGCAUGGGAUGCCGUAUCAUUUCGGUCACAGCACCAUUUCGUUGCCCAAAGAGCCUGCUGUAGUUGAACAUGCACCAGCAGGACUCAUAGCAGGACAAUCAGCAUCAAAUCCAGCAAAGGGUGGCACCGGAACAAUGCAUGCCCCGAACUUGGCCAAUAGAUACUUCAGGCAUGUGAUUCAUUGCAAAGGUUGUAGCACGGUGGUCAAGGCUUUCGAAGCUUGGAAGAACGCCCUUUCGGCCGUAGCCAUUGCAUUCGCCGCAUUGUCGAUUCUGGUAUCUGGGAGGCAGUGGAAAACCCUUCUUUUGGGAUCCGCAGCACUGUGCAGUGCCGGAGCCUAUGCAUGCUCUUCAGCCAUUGCAUUGAAUACAACAAACUUUAUCAGGACACACAGGAGAUUGUAAGCUGAGCAAGUUGUUAGAAUUUAUAGUUUCCAUACAAAGUAUAUGUUAAAUCAGAAUCCCAUGUAUAAUUUGAAAGCUUCUCUGUAUUGCAAUUUGUCAAAAAAAAAAAAAAGAAAAGACACUUGGUACAUGU